UCAGGAAGGCAGCUUUGAAAGAGAGGGAUUCAGAAGAGGAAGGGUUAAGAUGGAGAGUCCGAAUGUUGUCUCCUACGUUGCAAAAAGUAAUAUCAUCGCAACGUGGCUGGUGAUGAAGGAGCGAGAUGAAUUGAUAUUGGGAUCAACGACAUAUAAGCUGGAAUUCAAACCUUGGAUGACCAAGGCACAACUGAAGGAGCAGAGAAGAGAGGAAAACCAACUUACCUUUUGGGUGAUUGCAGUGCAAGUUCCACUGGAUGCGAUGCUUUUUCUGGAUGCUCAUAUCCAAAAGGCGAUUGGCCCGAUUGUUCAGCGUCAUCCUACGGAGCCGGACAGACUUAAACCGUCAUUGGUCAACAUCAAAUUUGACGUUGACCCAGCGGCACGGGCUAACAUGAAGGAUGUGAUAAGAUCUCGGAAUGAACUGAACGUGCAGAAAAGAAUCGAGUAUGUCGAAGGAAGGAUGCGAGAGCAUCUAGUUUCAGAACUGGUCUUGCAGAGUCUCCCUCUAGGUCAUCCCUCUUUUCAAUGGCCACCUCUUCGUUUUUCCGAUGACGUCGUUCCGCCGCCCCCGUCGACCACUGCCCCCUCGCAAGUGGCGCCAUCUCCAUGUGCACCACUUGCUCCCUUCCCCCCUCGUCCGCUUCGUCAGACGAUUCCCGCAUCCGUUGAUGGCAGACCAUCUGUGGCAAUGCAGCCUGAUGCGCAAGGCACCGUGCCAGUUUCAGGUGUCGGGGAACCUGUGCCGUUCGAUGAGCAAGGCACUCGUGCUUUCGUCGAGGGCCGUGGGUGGGGGAAGGACGCUGGCACAUCAUCAUGCCUCGCCCCGUUAGUCACUGGCAACAAAGACAAGGUCCCUAGAGUUCAACACACAGACACACGUCCGGCCGUGGCAGGAGCACCCGCAACAGGACAUCAAUCCGCUGCGUAUCCAUGGUUGCCUCCCCCUCCUUCGCAAACACGACGGCCUACACCAGACUUGACUUUGGCACCUAUUGGCGAGGCCGCUGCAAUGGUCACUGAGGGUACGGGAAACGUCCAGCUCGACGAGCCCGUCCAGGUUUCGGAUUCGUCACCCACUCCUGUGCCCGUGAACGGCCCGACCUCGCAGCACCGUGUUUUUGGGACACUGGAUCCUUUACAGAAUCUGCGCAACAUUGCAGCUCCGAGUCCAUGCCCCACCGCAUCACCUGCGGCCGGGGGCGGGGUGUGGGAUUCGCUAGGUAUGGGCGCCGGUGCACGAGUGAGGGGCACUUACAGGCAGCAGGCGGUGACCUCGUAUUACAACGACCCGCUGGAGCACGCAUGGCACCUGCAGAUCAUGCGAUUCAUUGUCGAGAGCGGCAUGCCGUUCAACUGUGUGAAGCUUGAGAGCUUCAAACGCAUGUUGAAGUCCCUUGACAUCAAGCUCGCCGACAUCAACGCUUUCAUCACAGACUCUGCCAGUUCGAAUGUUUCUGCGAUGGAGGUGUUCCAGAAGGAUGAGAGUGUCAAGCACAUCUUUUGGAUUCCUUGUGUGGCACACGUCAUGGACCUCAUCCUUGAGGACAUCGGCGACAUUGACUGGGUGGCGACCCGCAUUGCUCAGGCGCGUUUGGUCACAAAGUUUUUCAAGCGUCAUAGCCACGCUCGCGAAGUUUUGCAAGCUUUCACGACGAAGGUUCUGCUGCUUCCCGCCGAGAAUCGCUUUGGUACGCAUGUGAUUAUGAUGCGACGACUUCUUCUGCUGCAAUCGCAUUUUAUGCAGGUGGUCGUUGAUGAUCGAUGGAAGSACACUGUUUGGUCAACGAAGAAGAUUCGAGACGACGCCGCGAAGGUCACAGCAUGUGUCGGUUGUCCUCAAUGGUGGGAGGAUAUGAGAACGCUGUGCAAGUUGUUGAAUCCCAUCAUGGACAUGCUGCAGAAGGUAGACAGCGACAAAAGGCAGAUUGGCAAGAUUCUGCGUCGGUACGACGAGAUGAUCGCACGUUGUUUGUCUGCAUGUGCCGCUUUGGAGAAUGACGAGCAGGACGCGCUGCUUGAGGUGUUUGACAGACGCCGCACCAUGUUCAAGUCGCCUGCUCAUGUCGCUGCCAUGAUGUUGGACCCCGAGUUUCGAGACCGCACGAUGCUCGACGACGAGGAGAUGCAGCACGGUUUGAAACUCGCUCUGAUUCAGUUUGGGUACCCGGAACAUUCAGAUCAGCACAACGAGGUCCUCACUGCCAUUGACAAGUUCCAUUCCAGGGAGCCGCCAUUCGACGACGUGGCCAUGAACUUGGCGACGAGGAGCUAUACCCAUCCAUCCUGUUUCUGGGAGUCGAAUGAGAAGAGUUUCCCACACACGGCCUUCUUCGCUAGCAGGAUACUGCGUGUGUGGGCGACUGCUUCGCCUUGCUAGAGAGCUUGGUCCCGUUGGAGUUUCAUCCACUCCAAAUCUCGUAACAGAUUGGAGGUGGCGUGGGCCGAGAAGCUCGUGCGAUGCCAUUGGAACCUUUGACUCCUCAACAGGCAGGCUAUGUCGGACGAUGCUCCCAGUGACAGGCCACAUCCGUAUGGGAGCUGGGUGCACUACUGGCAGCAGGUGGAGGAGGGGGUACCCACCGACCAGCAGCUUGUGGCAGACCGAGGAGCCCGUGUGACGGUCACGAAGGAGGAGUUGACGCAG